UUCAAGUUGUUGGUUUCACUUGGUCACUUCCAUGCCUGUCCCUGCUGAGAGCGACCAGCGGUGUUCCAAAAUGUUGAGACGAUUCCUGCUACAAGCUUCCGCCGCUCGCCGCCGUCUUCCCAACUCCCACUUUCCUUCACCAUGCUCAGCUCCUUUAGUUCCCAACCGUUCUGUUUGGUCAACAUCUUAUUCUUCUUCUUCUUCCCAAAUCCCACACAGUCCUUUCGUCGAACAGUUGGAGGACAACCCCGACCAAACCGCCACUCAACCCACCACCUCCAUCGACGUCGACCGCUCCGGCCUAUACAACCCACCUGAGCAUUCCCAUGAACCCACUUCGGACUCCGAGCUCGUCAAGCACCUCAAGGGAAUCAUCAAGUUCCGCGGCGGCCCAAUCUCCGUUGCUGAGUAUAUGGAGGAAGUUCUGACAAAUCCGAAAGCCGGAUUCUACAUGAAUCGAGAUGUUUUUGGAGCUGGAGGUGAUUUUAUAACCUCCCCUGAAGUGAGCCAGAUGUUUGGGGAGAUGGUUGGUGUUUGGGCAAUGUCUCUGUGGGAGCAAAUGGGACAGCCUGAUAAAGUGAACCUAGUAGAGCUAGGUCCGGGAAGAGGAACUCUCAUGGCCGACCUUCUUCGUGGUGCUUCAAAAUUUAAGAACUUCACCAAAUCAUUGCACGUACACAUGGUAGAAUGCAGUCCUGCGUUGCAGAAACUUCAGUACCAGAAGCUGGAAUGUGCAGACGAAGAGGUUUCGGAUGGCAAAAGGACUAUAAGCGCGUUGGCUAAAACUCCUGUAUCUUGGCAUGCCACAUUGGAAGACGUUCCUACAGGAUUGCCAUCUAUCAUCAUAGCCCACGAGUUUUAUGAUGCUUUACCAGUUCAUCAAUUUCAGAAAGCUGCUCGUGGCUGGUCUGAGAAAAUGAUUGAUGUUGCUGAAGAUUCAACGUUUCGUUUUGUUCUGUCUUCACAGACUACACCAGCGACUCUUUAUCUUGCAAAACGCUGCAAAUGGGCUGGAAAUGAAGAAAUAGCAAAGCUUCAACAUAUCGAGGUUUGCCCCAAAGCAAUGGAGUUGACUCAAACUAUUGCUGAAAGAAUUGCUUCCGAUGGAGGUGGAGCUCUUAUAAUUGACUACGGCCUCAAUGGUGUAGUAUCAGAUAGUCUGCAGGUUUGUUGCUAUUCCAAUUCUUGUUUCGGCAACUACUACAUCCAGAAUACAUGCAGAUAG